AAGCCACACACGUGCCCCUCUUUCACCGUCUCUCCACAAAACGAAUCCCGAACCAUUCAUAUGGCAUGCUUCGCCAAUCGCCGCUAUCAAGCCACAUCUCUUCUCUUAUCUCCUCUCCAGCAUUUAUCUUCCAGCAAAUGGCUGACACCGGAGUUGUCACCGUCUACGGUAACGGUGCCAUCUAUGAAACCACCAAAAAGUCUCCGUUUUCCGUCAAAGUAGGCCUCGCCCAAAUGCUGCGUGGCGGCGUCAUUAUGGAUGUCGUCACUCCUGAACAGGCCCGUAUCGCCGAAGAAGCCGGCGCCUGUGCCGUAAUGGCCCUUGAACGCGUUCCAGCUGAUAUCCGUGCUCAGGGAGGCGUGGCCCGCAUGUCGGACCCACAGCUAAUUAAACAAAUCAAAAACAGCGUCACCAUCCCUGUCAUGGCCAAGGCCCGUAUCGGCCAUUUUGUUGAAGCGCAAAUUCUCGAAGCUAUUGGAGUUGACUACAUUGACGAGAGCGAAGUAUUGACUCCGGCCGAUGAAGAAAACCACAUCAAUAAACAUAAUUUCAGGAUUCCGUUUGUCUGCGGGUGCCGAAAUUUGGGGGAGUCCUUGCGGCGGAUCCGCGAGGGCGCGGCGAUGAUCCGGACGAAGGGAGAGGCGGGGACGGGGAACAUCGUGGAGGCGGUGAGGCACGUGAGGUCGGUGAUGGGCGAAAUUAGGGUUUUACGGAACAUGGACGACGACGAGGUGUUUACCUUCGCCAAAAAAAUCGCUGCUCCGUACGAUUUGGUGAUGCAGACGAAGCAGCUGGGGCGGCUGCCAGUGGUGCAUUUCGCGGCAGGGGGAGUGGCGACGCCGGCGGAUGCGGCUUUGAUGAUGCAAUUAGGGUGUGAUGGAGUGUUUGUUGGGUCGGGUGUGUUUAAGAGCGGGGACCCGGUUAGAAGAGCAAGAGCAAUUGUGCAAGCAGUUACGAAUUAUAGUGACCCGGAUAUUUUGGCAGAGGUGAGCUGUGGACUGGGUGAGGCUAUGGUGGGUAUCAAUUUGAAUGAUGAUAAGGUUGAGAGGUAUGCUAGCCGCUCUGAGUAAGGCAUUAUGGGAAAGCUUUUCGAUUUAUUGUUUUUUUGUGGGUUCUUUUUGUUUGUUUUAGAUACCCUAAGUUAUGGACAUCAUUUAGUUGAGUUGUCUUUCUUGAUUUGAAUAAUAAUAUUACUGAUAGUGUUGUUGUUUGA